CUGCCACCGCCGCGCGAGGCCAUGGAUGAUGUCGGAGCGGGAGUCGCUCAGGAUGAGGCCCAUCGGGGAUUAACAGGGGCGCCAGCUCUGGUGGAAGUUGAAGCAGAUGAAAUAGAUCCUGUACCCUCCAGAGAGGACUCGGAGCUCUCUUCAGGGGCCUUGUCUCCUCGGAAGACCAAAACUGCACUGGGAGGAGUAGGAGACAGCCUACUGGUCUCCAGCAGAAAUGGGGACGAUGGAGUCUGGACACAAGCGACUGGGAGUGGAAAAGAAGGGGGAUGCACGUCUCCAGAAUCGGGGGGCAUCUUGGCCAGCUCAAAUACUAGUCCCACCCCCGGGAGCAAAGGCCUACCUGGUCAUGCUGCUAAGACUUUCCCAUCAUCCCCCAGCAAAACAGCUGGACCCAGCCGUGCAAAGAUGUCCCUUACCGGGACCAGCAAGUCCCCAACGUCUAUCCAGAGUCUGGCUAUGCGCUUGCUGACUAUGCCUGGAUCACGUCUUCCGGGUGAUUCUGGGUCUCCCACAACAGAAGCCCCAGCUCCAGCCUCAGCCCCAGUCCCAGAUUCAGCCCCCACUCCUGCUCUAGCAGUGACCUCUGCUCCUGGUCAACCUUCAGCCCCAACCACUGAAGAAGUCAAACCCAAGGUUCACAGGGCUCGGAAAACAAUGUCGAAGCCCAGCACUGUACAGGUGCCUGAAAAGAGGGUCUCAGAGAUGUUACAUUUCCGUGUCUCAGAUGAUUUGAGAAGCAUUGAAGAACCAGAAGAACCUGCGAAACACAGGAAAUACGAUUACAUGGUAGACGCAUUGCACAAAAGGAUUCCCCUUUCGCUUCAGCGGUCAAGUCCCCGAGCUACUACAGAGAUCACGGUGACAGAAGAGAUGACAGCUCCAGCCACGGCCUCGCAGGAGGACGGAGGCCAGGAAUGGGAAACCGAAGUGGGGGAUGACUUUAGCCUCUUCUACGACAGCUAUUCUGUGGAUGGCCACGUCGAUUCGGACAGCAAGUCUGAUGCAGAUGUUACCGGAGAACACAUGAGUGAGGAAGAGGAAGAAGAGGAGGAGGAAGAAGAAGAGGAGGAAGAGGAGGAGGAGGAGGAAGAAGAAGAGGAAGAAGAAGAAGAGGAAGAAGAUGAAGAUGAUGAGGAAGAGUCAGGAAACCUCUCUGAUAGGAGCACGGCCUCCAGCUCCAAACGUAAAGCCCGGAAGCGCUGGCGACACGACAGUCCAUGGAUCAAGCCAUCCCGAAAACGCAAACGCAAAGAGCCACAUCCCAAGGAAAACAAAGGCCUGAAUGGUGGCCCGUCAACCACCCAGAGCGAGUAUACGGAGGUGCCUCUUGGCUGCCUGGAACUGCCCAAUGAGGGGGCGCUGUCCCCCAACAAUGCUGGUGUGUCUAAUGAGACAAGUUCAUUGGAAACUGAACGCUUUGAGGAACUUCCGCUGUGUUCUUGCCGCAUGGAAGCCCCAACCAUUGAGCGGCUUAGCCAGCAGGCUGGAAAUCAGUGCAUGGCAACUGAGAGUGCUGAUGGGGAGUUAAACGGCUGCAGCAGCAGCAUCUUAAAGCAAGAGACAAUGCGUCCCUCCAGCCGGGUUCCACUCAUGGUCCUGUGCGAAGCCCAUCGUGCCCGGAUGGUGAAGCAUCACUGCUGCCCUGGUUGCGGCUACUUCUGCACGGCGGGCACCUUCCUGGAGUGCCACCCUGACUUCCGUGUGGCACAUCGCUUCCACAAGGCCUGCGUUUCCCAGCUCAAUGGCAUGAUCUUCUGUCCACACUGUGGAGAAGAUGCUUCAGAGGCCCAGGAGAUCACCAUUGCCAAGGCGGACACCUCCACGCCUGUCCCCAUCCCACCAUCGCACGGCCAAAGCGCUUCCGAGUCCACCGGCCGUGCUGACACCACCCAGCCCAGUGCUCGGAUGCGUGGGGGCUCAGGGGUUGAACACCCAACAGAUGAUAUGAUGGGCUUCGGUGGCCCAGGUAUUGAUAGUGCAGGCCCACGGCUGACUCUUCCUAAUGGGGCUAUAUGGUGCAUUGAAAGCCCCUUGAAAGGCUAUAUUCAAAUAGACAGCUUAGACCCCAAUUUCCAGACUGAACAACAAAGUAAACGUUUCCCACUACAUGCUGCGGCACAGAAGGGCUACCUGGAAAUCUGCCAUGUUUUGCUGCAGGCUGGAGCCAACAUAAAUACAGUGGACAAGUUGCGUCGAACCCCUUUAAUGGAAGCUGUUGCAAACAACCAUGUGGAGCUAGCCCGUUACUUGGUCAAGAGGGGUGGUUGUGUGUACACAAAGGAGGAUGACGGAUCUACCUGUCUCCAUCACGCUGCCAAGAAUGGAAAUGUGGAGAUGGUCACCUUGCUCCUUUCCACGGGGCAGGUGGAUGUCAAUGCCCAGGAUAACGGAGGUUGGACCCCCAUUAUCUGGGCUGCCGAGCAUAAGCACAUUGAGGUGAUCCGCAUGCUGCUUACCCGGGGAGCUGAUGUCACCCUGACUGACAAUGAAGAGAACAUCUGCUUGCACUGGGCCUCCUUCACCGGAAGUGCGGAGAUUGCCGAAAUCUUACUGAAUGCCCAAUGUGAUCUCCACGCUGUCAAUUUCCAUGGAGACACGCCUCUGCAUAUAGCUGCCCGGGAGAGCUACCACGAUUGUGUCCUCCUGUUCCUAUCAAGGGGAGCCGACACUGAAAUACGGAACAAGGAAGGGGAUUUGCCAGUGGACCUGACCUUGGAGAACUCAGAUGUUUGGUUUGCCCUUCAACUCAAUCGCAAGAUCCGUCAAGGCAUCCUUAACCGUUCUGUGCGCACGGAGCGCAUCAUCAGCAGGGACGUGGCUCGUGGCUACGAAAAUGUGCCCAUUCCCUGUGUCAACUCUGUGGACGAUGAGCCCUGCCCAGAUGAUUAUAAGUACAUCUCGGAAAACUGUGAGACCUCCACCAUGAACAUUGAUCGCAAUAUCACCCACUUGCAGCAUUGCACAUGCCAGGACGACUGUUCCUCCAGCAAUUGUCUCUGUGGACAACUCAGCAUCCGCUGUUGGUAUGACAAGGACGGACGCUUGCUACAGGAAUUCAACAAGAUCGAGCCCCCCUUGAUCUUUGAAUGUAACCAGGCCUGCACCUGUUGGAGGAACUGCAAAAACCGGGUGGUGCAAAGCGGCAUCAAGGUUCGCCUGCAGCUGUACCGAACUGCAAAAAUGGGGUGGGGCGUCCGUGCCCUUCAGACCAUCCCCCAGGGAACUUUCAUAUGCGAGUAUGUAGGAGAACUGAUUUCUGAUGCAGAAGCUGACGUCAGGGAAGAUGACUCGUACCUGUUUGAUCUAGAUAAUAAGGAUGGCGAGGUAUACUGCAUCGAUGCCCGUUAUUAUGGCAAUGUCAGCCGCUUCAUCAACCACUUGUGUGACCCCAAUAUCAUCCCUGUACGAGUGUUCAUGUUGCACCAGGACCUGCGCUUCCCCCGCAUUGCUUUCUUCAGCAGCCGGGACAUUCAGACUGGCGAAGAACUUGGAUUUGACUACGGGGACCGUUUCUGGGACAUCAAAAGCAAAUACUUCACCUGCCAGUGCGGUUCAGAGAAGUGCAAACAUUCGGCGGAAGCUAUUGCCCUGGAACAGAGCCGCCUGGCUCGCCUGGAGGCCCACCAGGACGUGCUGCCAGACAGCAGCAGCUUCCCGGCCUCCCAGGCUUAAGCUGGGUCCUGCUGCCAUCCUGCAUGUCAAAUUGCUCCUCCUCCCGGCCCCGCCCCAGCCCCGCCCCUUCCUUCCCCCCGCCAUGGACUCUCCUCUUGGCCCGGGGUUUGGAACACGGAGGCUGCUCUUCUCCAAGAGGAAUUUGCCUUAAGAAAU